GCAAAAAGCUCAUCAAGAAGUGAGAGUUAAAGAAGAGGAAGAGGGUUCGUGGAAAAAGGAACAAAAUAAAUUAAAAUAAAAGGACACUCAAACAGCGAAUGAGUCGAUGACCUUCCAUCAUCUUUAAGAAACGUUUCAAGAGACAGAGAGAGAGAAAGAGAGGGAGAGAGAGAAAGAAAAGCAAAUUCGUCACAAUGAAGUUGUGCAGUCGACUCUGCUUCCUCGUUUUAGCAAUUUCUUCAAUAUCCAAAGGACAAAAUGGGACUGCAGUUACUCCAGAGCCUCUUACCGCCCCUACUCCUACCCCGCGGUUGCCAUCAGAUGAGACUGUAAAUAAGACUGAUGGCGCCACGACGCCCACCUCUUCUCCUCAGAGUAACACAUCAGCGAAUGCAACAGAUCUGCCUUCAACAAUCUUCACGACUGAAACGCUAGAUCCUCAGAGUACAGAUGACUUGAGCGAAACAAGAAAGGAAGCUGAGGACAGCAAAGCGGCAGAGACAACCACCUCGGUCAGCGCGCCUGAGAGCGGAAAGGGUGAUGUCACAACGACAGGCGGUACCAAACCAGAGUUAAUUGAAGACAUGGGUGGUUCGUCCGCCGGUUAUGUGAUCCUCAUAUUCAUCGUCCUGAUCAUCAUUAUUCUGUGUGUCAUUCUCUACUUUCUCAGGAGAGCCGCCAGGUCGUACUCGUUUGACCUCCAUCGUCAGGUUCCCGCCAACCAUCACAACGAACCCCUCGGCAACUUUGAACCAGUCUACCUGGACGACCUGGAUCGACCAGCUCCUAAAGAUGAAGUGACCACCGACGCCCCUUCACCUCCUCCAGUAUCCAACGGCACAACUCUACAGUUGGAGGAGCUGAUCUCCAAUGGAGAGAGCGCUACAGAAAAAGCUCCACAGAACCAGCCAGAUGCAAACGGUCUGGAGAUUUCGCCCCCCAGUAGUAACACCAGUCCCUCACUGGGCCAGGACGCAGCUGACAAGACAUCCAGCCCAUUCAGCAGCACCAACAUGCUCUUCGAUGCUAUCGGGGAGGAGCAGCAGAACGAAAACAACAACAACCCAUCGAUUUCUUCCAGUGAGCCGUUUGUUGAAAUAAACCUUGACGAUCCGGCGUGGUGCGAUUAGCUCCUUACCUCCUCUGAAGCUCCUUCCUCUGUCCUCCCCUUCUCUCCUUUCUCCUGCUCCUCUUCCUCCAUUUCUUCUUCUUAACAUCUUCACCAGUGACCCCAAGUUCAACAUGGAAAGAAAAUCAACAAAAAUCUAUUUGUUGUAUGUUUAGAUGUAUUUAGAAAAUUUAGCAAUCUGAUAAGUUAGUAUCUUUCUCGUCUUCAGCCCAGUCAAACAACAGUGAGCUCAAUUAACCCAAACUAACCGUUAACUUAACAGUUAGUUAGCUAUAGCUAGCUGGGUGACUCAGCAUUUUCUGCUGUAGCCUUUUGUAUAUAUGUCUAUGGUAGCAACCCUUUCUUUUAUCGCAUUUGAAAAUGAAUGAAGAGUAUUUUAAUGAAGCGGUUGUCACACUUUAGCAUGUUUCUCAAACUACAACAAAAUGUUGUUAGCAAGCUAUUAAAAAGCUUGUAUUUCUGUUGUCAAUCCUAGCAACAAAAGAAUGUUUUACCUGCACACUUAACGGUAAAUGUUUUCUAUGAUACAAAAUGGCUGUAAAACAUUAAUAUACACUUGUAAUCAGAAUUUUGUGGUUAUAAAUGUCUGUAUAAGUUGAAAUGCUUUGUUGUCAUUUAGCCUACAGUGAAUACAUUUUUUGUAGAAAACAAUGCAAGAGAAAAAACUAAAAAAAUAUACAUUCGCUGCUGUUAAUUUGCUUUUGUUAAGUAAUGCUUUAAACCAAACUGACAUACAAAUGUCUUUAUCAUUUUCAAUUCGUUGGGAUACAGUUGAUGUCAACCAUUUUAAUUGAAGAGCCUCUGUCAGGAGCUCAUUAUAAACAUUUAGUAACUUGUUCUCAGCCAAUAGACUGAGCUGUCAUUAUUUUUUCCACAGUCUGUAUGGUAUUUUAUUAAAGAAUUGUUGGAAAUUUG